AUUAGGAACGACCUUGACCUAUAUGAAUGAAAUUGUAAAAUUAUAUAAAACGAAAGAAAACGUCGCAAUAACGCAUUUUGCAUAAGGAACUUCGUCAUCCUAUUAUGAUGCGGGUUUCAAACGACCUUGACUGGACUGUAAAACUAUAAAAAUCGAAAGAACACGUUAAAAUUACGCAUUUUGCAUACUACUUUUUAGAUCUUACAGGUUAUUCUAUCAUAUAGGACAAUGUCACAGAAAGACCAAGGAACACCUUCUACAGGUGAAUCAUCCAAACCAGGAAUUUUGGGAUCAAUCAUGAAAGAAGUGAAGCAUGCAGGCAGAGAGGUAGAAAAAGGUCUGAAUUGGGCUGGUAACCAGAUUGACCAUACUGUCAAACAGUGUGAGACUGGAAAUAUACUGGAAACAUUCCAGACUAAUAAUGUUGUACAGCUAGUAUCACGUGCAAGUGGACACUCACUUCAGAUUGUGGAGUCGUCAGAAACUAAACAACCAGUUCUUGAUGGAUGUGGUAAAGAGGGACCUCAGGCUUCUAACGCUUUAUGGACUAUUGUAAAUGAGGGCAAGAACCAAGUUCGUCUCCAUAACAACAAUAACUACAUUGCGAUUGUCAAUGGUAUAACACAGCUAGUAAACAUGCCACCAGGUACAAUGCAUGGAGAAGAAACAAAAAUCCAGUUACAUCAGACUGAUCAGUUUGUUACUAUGGAAUCAUGUAAAACUGUGGCACAAUAUGUUGGUGUGUUAGAUGAUGGACAACUCAAAUCUGCAUUGGCCACACAUAGAAAUGACACUCAUGCUAUGUUUGGUGUAAGACUGAUAUCUACACCAUAUGACGGAGCACCUGGUGAAAAGUAAAGAUCCAGUAAUGUCAUCUAAUAUAUAUAUAAAUGAUACAUGUUCUUGUUUUUAAGUACAUACACUUUGUGUCGGAUGUUGAUCUUGUUAUAUUUAUUGAUAUUGGUUAAUAUUCUGGGUAUUUAACCAGUAAUUAAUACCUCAGUAUUUGCCCAGUUAGUGCCAUUGUUUAUAUGAGACUUUUCUUGUAUAGCCUGAUAUUUACAAGACUUGUAAGUUAUUUAUGUAGACCUAUAAAAAAACUGCAUUUUAUUAUUAUAUUAUGUUUCCCUUUCCAAGAAAUACUACUUCAUUAUAAUUUGGAGUAGGUUUUUGGAAACUUAUUGAUGUUUAUGUAAGUUGCACAUUAUUGACAUGUUAUAUUUAGUACUUAAAUUUUUAAUAUGUAUUAAAGACUAUCGAUUCAUUAUAUGACAACAGAUUGAAGUAUGAGAUUAAAUAGUAUGUCUUCAUUAAGGGGUACAUAAUGUACAAAAUAUAUAUAGAAUGUUGAACAAUAUUUUCUCUAAUUCUUUGGCAAUUUAACCCUUUCCAGAACAUUGAAAAAAAUUCUUAUAAGAUGAUUGGAUGAGUUUAAGGAAGGAACUAACCUUUAAAAAAAAAAGUCUGAUCAGAUUUUUUGUUUCACAGACGUGUAAUUAUACAGUAUAGCAUAAUAGUGCAAUAUUUUACGGUCUUUUAUUUAUGAAUGUAUAUUUUGACAUACAUCUUUGGUAAGAUACACUUAUUUGUCUUCUGGGUUGAAAGUUGUUGAUAGGGACAUGACAUAUGAUCCUGUACAGUCUCUUGUUUUUUCAGAUUUGUUUUUUAAAAGCAGUGUUAGGUAAACAUUUUUUGAAGGUUUUUUUUACACUUUUACAAUAGAAAUCUUGAGAAAGUCUUCCUAUGUGAAACUUUAAACCUUGUAUGUCUAAACAUUUUCUUUUCAAACAAUAUAUGCAAUUUUAAAAUAAUGACAUGUUUUUAUAUUAUUUUAUUACUUCAGUAUAAUUUAUGAACUAUUUAUUUGUUAUCAUCAUGUUAUUUUGUUACAUUCAGGUAAAGUCUGGGUACUCUUUGCAUCUAUUAAAAAACUUUUAUUAUUGUGA